CUCUUUGAUCGUCAUUGAGUCAAGAUGAGGCUCCCUCAAAUCGCGAGUCCAGGCUCCAAAGACGUAGCUACCUUGGUAGUUCCUGAAUAUGCGCAAUCAUGGGAUCGCGCCGUCGAAAGGCGGGUAGUCCGCAAAAUUGAUAUGCUCCUGUUGCCUUUCAUGUGGAUAGGCUAUGGCCUCGUAUAUUACGACAAGGCAAUUCUUGGAAGCGGUGCCGUGCUGGGUAUGACGACCGACCUUUCCCUCAAAGUUAUCGAUAAAUCUACGAUUCCGCCUACCGUUUCAACGAAACGACUUAGUUGGGCGACGUCACUUUUCUACUUUGGAAUGUUGGCGGGCUUGUAUCCGUUUACCUACCUGUUUCAGAGAUUUAGACUUGGUCGUGUUUUGGGGUGCACCGUGAUCUGUUGGGGAGCCAUUGCAAUGCUCACGGCCGCUGUCACCUCGUGGCGAGGUCUCUUCGCGCAGAGAUUCUUCCUCGGAUUCACUGAGAGUAUCAUUCCUACCGCGUUCAUGGUCAUCACAUCUGGAUACUACACACAGUCCGAGCAGACCAUGCGACAGUGCCUCUGGUAUUCUACCACCGGAGGAUGGACAAUCAUUGGUGCAGCUAUCAAUUAUGGAUUUGCCAAAAUCGACCCCGAUGCUCCGUUGGCUAGAUGGCAAUACUUGUACCUUCUGGCUGGAGGAUUGACAAUCCUUUUUGGUAUUCUCUGCUUCUUUAUUCCAGAUUCGCCAGUUUCUGCUUGGUUCUUCACCGAGAAGGAAAAAUUUGUGGCUGUGGAGAGACUGAGAAUGAGCCAGACUGGACUGAGGUGUCAGUCGGUUAAAUGGUCCCAGAUUCGAGAAGCUCUGUUGGACAUCAAGGUCUGGACUUUGGCUGUCAUGAUGGGUGCCGCAUAUUGCGUCAAUGGUGCUGUCUCGGGUUUCGGGCCCCUCAUCGUUUCCACUUUUGGAUACACUGCGGCUCAAUCGAUCCUUUGGCAGAUGCCAUUGGGUGCGGUAUGCUUCGUGACCAUCUUAAUUGUUGGAUAUGCCAGCCGCUACAUUCCCAACAUCCGCCUUUUCAUGUUGAUCUUUUGCUGUCUGCCCGUGAUUGCUGGCUGUGCCAUGAUUUGGCGCGGCACCUGGAGCUACCAUGCUCCAACUCCUGUGGCCGGGUACACUAUCAUCGGCUUCUUCGCUCCUGUCACCAGCCUGAUUGUAAGCAUGGGUAUGGCGAACGUUGCUGGAGCCAGCAAAAAAAGUUUUAUGGCAGCAGCCAUCUUCGUCUUCUACUGUGUUGGCAACAUUGUUGGUCCUCAACUAGUCUUCUCCAACACCAUCGACAGACAUUAUCCGGCUUUAUGGCUUGGGAUCAUCAUUUGCUACUGUAUUGUCAUUGCACUGGCGAUUUUGCUCUACAUCCUCCUUAGGCUGGAGAACAAAAAACGUAACUCCCUGCAACUGGACGAAAAGGAAGCCGAGAGAAUGGCUUUUGAAGACAGAACCGACAAACAGAAUCCGCACUUCCGGUAUGUUAUGUAAUUUUUCGCCCAGGAACAAUCCAUCUAGUAGGUAGAUAUCUUAAAGUCCGGGAUCCGCGCCGCAGAACGCCUCCAAAUGCCUCGUGUGAUCCAAUCGGCAUUUGUUUCUUGCUCAUAGAUAUUCAUUUUAUAUAUAAUUUUUAUUUCUCCCAGU